AUGGGUGAUAUUAUCCCUAAUUAACUAUUUGUUGCUGGGUACAGCCGUAGCAAGGUAUAGGAUGAGAAGGACGUGAGAGAUAUCUUCAAAAAGUACGGAGCUAUCAAAGAAGUUGCGUACAAGGGAUCUUAUUCAUUUGUUACCUUCAGUAAUGAGUAGGAAGCACAAGAGGCUUUGAAGAGUACCAACGGGUAAACUUACAAUGGCCAAAAAUUGAAAGUGGAUGUGGUUGACAAUCGUAAAGGAAGGAAGACAGGUCCAAAUGAGGAAGAUAAAUGUUUCAAAUGCAAUAAAGGUGGUCAUUGGGCUCGUAAUUGUCCCAAUAUCAAAUCACCUAGACGUAGUAGGAGAAGAUCCGAUUCGAGAUCAAAGCGCCGUCACAGAAGAUCUGAAUCAAGAUCAUAUUCUUCUUAUUCAUCAUCCAGAUCUAGAAGAAGAAGAUAUCAAAACAAAAGAAAGAGACACAGCAGAAGCCCUAGAAGAGAUCAAAGGAUCAGAAAAAGAAGUGUUAGUCCAAAGAGAUCACCUUCUGAUUCAGCCUCAUCCAAAAGACCGAAUUCAAACUCAAAAUCUUGAUAAAGAAUGGGAAAAAAAACUCAUUUUAUUACAAAAGAAAUAUAAACAAUUAAUUGAAUAUAAUUUAUUCAAUUCUUCUCAUAA